CAAAACAAUUGGUCGAGACGCCAAACAAGUAAAAUGAGGACGGACGACUCCCAAUUUACGAUACUGUCAUCAAUCAUACAUUCAUACAACAAUUACAAGUACAACAAACUGAAAUUUAACCGCCCACAAAAACCCAUCUACCUCCAUCUCCCUUCUUCUUCGAUUCAUUGGGAAAAUGCCUGAGAAUAUUACAGCUGAGAACCUUCUCAACAAUAUAAUGGAAACAAUUUCUGAAGGUGUUCAAAAACAAAAGUCUGGUUCCUUUUUUGAGGAGGAUGUAUCCAAUCCUGUCGCUUCUCAGUUUAAUCGUCUUUUUGGACGUCAGGAGCCUGUGCAUAAAGUUUUGGGAGGUGGAAAAUCUGCUGAUGUGUUGCUGUGGAGGAACAAGAAAAUCUCUGCCAGUUUUUUAGUUGGUGCUACUGUUGUCUGGGUGAUGUUUGAAUGGUUGAAUUACAAUUUUCUGCCCCUUGUCUGCUUUGCUGUGGCUCUGGGCAUGCUUGCUCAGUUUCUUUGGUCAAAUGCCUCUGGUUUCAUGAACAGGUCACCAUCUGAAGUUCCACGAAUUUACGUACCAGAUGAGUGGUUUGCUAAUAUUGGCAUGAUAGUUGGGAAAGAAGUCAACCGGGUGUUGGAAUUUCUGCAAAAUAUUGCUUGUGGUGGGAACUUAAAGCAAUUUGUUAUGGUUGUAUCAGGAUUGGUGGUUGCUGCUAUGAUUGGGAGCUGGUGCAAUUUCCUAACUGUUAUCUACAUUGGUAUAAUUGCUGCUCACACUCUUCCAGUUCUGUAUGAAAAGUAUGAUGAUCAAAUUGAUGGUUUUGUGGAAAAUUUCAUCAGCAACAUGACACACCAUUAUAAGAAGGUCGAUGCUCGUGUUCUCAGUAGACUUCCUUCCAGAAAAUACUGGGGAAAGAAACAUGAGUAAGAAACAGGUAUAGACUGAUGAUAGAGGUCUAUAUAUCUCAUUGUAAGUUGUGCAUGAAAUUGUUAGUACCAGACUGUUAGUGUAAUUUAUUGUUGGCAACAUUACAUAAUUUAUUCCUGGAAAGAAGAGUUUGGCACAUCGUUUAGGUUUUUACAUUGUAUGAUAUACAAAUAUGUAAUGUUGUUACUGAUAUAAGUCAAUUCUGAAGCUUAUAUUCCAAUUUCCCAGCAUCCGAA